CUUGGUGCUAAGCUGAGAAUUUUGAGCGCUGUGUGUUCGGAAGAAGUAGCCAUGGCGAUAGACACAGUCGAAGCCCCCGCCUCCACUCCCUCUCCGACUUCUUCCCACUUCAGCAAUCAGCCACGCCACUUCUAUCUCGCCGUCGACAGCCUCCGGUUCAAGAUGGUCUCUCCCUCUCCCUGCCUCUUUGGAUUUCGAUUUUUGAAUAAUUAAGGGUUUGGUUCAUAUUUCCAUGGAAUUCGCCGGAGCAGAAGACGCUGCUGGAUUUGCUGCGAGUGGCCGGUCAACGGCCGGGGCUGCCGGUGGUGGUCUGCUGCAGCUCCCGCGACGAGCUCGACUCCGUCUGCUCCCAUGUCUCCUCCCUCCCUUUCAUCUCUCUCUCCUCUAUGUCUAUCUGUCCUUAUGCCAGUACAGUGACAUGGCUGAAGCAGAUCGUGCUCUUGUCCUGGAGAGGUUCAGGCAAUCUUCUAUUCAGUGGAACCAAAAUUCCACUGCACAAUCAAGGGAUACUAGUGAAAAUUCUGAACAAGUUGAAGAGAAGUCCCAUAUGAUUGUUGUGACAGAUACUUGUCUUCCGAUACCUGCUUCUGGAGAGUCACCUAUCAGUGCUCGUCUUUUGAUCAAUUAUGAAUUACCAGCCAAAAAGGAAACAUAUAUGAGGCGCAUCUCAACUUGUUUGGCUGCUGAUGGGAUCGUGAUCAAUAUGGUUGUUGGGGGCGAAGUUGUAUUUUUAAAAGGCCUUGAGGAGAGCAUUGGCAUUCUCAUUGCGGAAAUGCCUAUAAACAUAUCCGAGAUUCUGUGAGGAAGUUGGCUCUUCUUUGCUCCUGUAAUCCCAUUUGAUCACGGCAAUGAACGUCCUGUGGCUCAUAUUCAUACAUAUAGAGCACAUGUGUCUCUACGACUUAGCAGUUUUGUGUGGAAAAUUUUCAUUAUUCAUCCCGAGAACUAAAUGAUGUGGAACAGAAAAUCUUUGUUGGAAUGGCUAUCUUUGGUAUGUUUCUGCAGGCAGAAAA